AUGCCACUUGGAAUAGGCGAUGCGUAUGAAAGAGAAGUGGAGAAAAUUAUAAAAAACCCUAGAAUUGAAGAAAGGAACGAGGCAAUCAUGAUUUUGAGAUGGGUCCUUUUUGCCGUGAGACCUCUUCAGGUCAAACAGCUGGCUGAAGCUCUGAUCGUUUCCGAUGAUAAGGUGUCGGAGAGAUACCCAGAGGAAUAUCUACCAGAUAAUUGGAAAGAAUCUUUUGUUGAUGUAGAUUAUGUGCAAGAGAUAAUUCUCAGACCGUGCGGAUCUCUAUUACAACUACGCUCCGGCAAAGAAGAUGAAAUACUAGCGAAUAAAACAGUUCAUUUUGUGCACUUUUCAGUCAAAGAGUAUCUUUCUAGCCUAACGAACGAAAGUGUUAUAGGUAGAGCUCUUGGAUUACUUGAUACUCGUACAGAGGAACUUCGAUUGCCUAGAAUAUGCUUGCGCUAUCUCACACUGAACGUGUUUGAAGAGAUGUCUGCAAGUAGUGAUAACACUACGUACCCAUUCCUGGAAUAUGCGGCAUGGGCUUGGUUCUUUCACGGGUUUGACCGAAACUUUGCACCUCCGAACAAAUUUGGCCAUUUAACCAAAAGGGUAUUCAAGCCAUCAUCAUCAAGCUGGAGGAUAUGUGGUACCUUUCUAGAAAAUGAAUUUGAUGACUCGGCCGAAUCGAAAUCUGCACAGGAAAACCUUCAUUUUGAAGACCACCCUGGAGAGUCUGGUGCGGGGUCAACAGAGGAUAGCUGGAUAGAUGAUGAGACAAUAGACGAUGGAAGCACUGGUGAUUUAUCAGUAUCACAAUCUAGCUUUCACGAAGUGCAAAACCCUGCGUACUACGCUUCACUUUUGGGCCUUCAAGAUGUCAUCACAUGGCUCGAAGAACAAGGAAUUGACUGCAGUUGUGAGGGAGGUCGUUUUGGUUACCCACUACAGGCAGCAGUUGUGAGAAAACAAAAAGAAUUAAUCAUCCACUUUCUCAGCCGGGGAAUCGAUCCGUCCCAGAAAGGUGGGCUUUAUGCAUGUGCCAUCAUUGCAGCGGCUGCUGUGUCAACCUCAGAAAUUCUGAAUAUCCUUCUUGAUAAAGGCGCGAACGUAAUGGCUAAAGAUGCUCAAGGUUGGACGGCACUACACCAUGCUGCACGCCGAGGCAAUGUCGACAUUGUACACAUUUUGAUCAAUCAUCCUGAGUGUGAUAAAGAUGCUGUAACGACGGGCAACACACCUAAGACCGCUCUGAGCUUGGCUUGUGAAUAUGGAAACGAAGACGUCGCGUCCGCUCUCCUGAAUCAAGGCGCAACAGGCUUGCAAACCGCACUACCACAGAAUGGUGAUAUGCCUCUUCACUAUGCCAUCACAUACGGCCAUCAUAAGUUGGCUUGCAGAUUACUAGACGCCGGAGCUCUAUUUGAGACUAAAACAAGGACAGGAAUGACUCCUCUGUUAAUCGCAAUCAUUGAAAAUGCUCCCAAGGUUGUCAAAAAGCUUCUCGAGAAAAAUGCAAGAGUCGAUUUGAUUUACGAGGAUUGGACAAUGCUCCAAUAUGCGUCAUCCGGGGCAGAUCCUGAAAUUGUAAAACUACUAAUUGCCUCAGGUGCGGAUGUUAAUCAGUGUGGAGGCAAUAUCCAGUCCGAAGCUUCAUCGCUGCUUAUAGCAACCUCUCGUAAUCGAACAGAUGUUAUUUCGAUUUUACUUGAGCAUGGUGCAGCAACAGAGCGAGCGGCAUACUUCGCAGUUCUAUAUGGACACGAGUCGGCGAUGAGCUUGCUGAAACACUGUUUGAUUUAUCCCUAA